AUGGCAAUUAGUUUGUUAGAGGUUAAUCCUGAACGUACAGUUCAAGUUCUAUUCAAGUUCAGUGAUCUAUUCGACUCCAGUAAUGCGGUUGAUGGACUUAAAUCUGACCUCAGUGCGUGGGGACGGCAGUGUGUUGUGUCAAAAGACUAUUAUAGAACCGCCACCUGGUGGGUAAACCUGACAGCAAUCCACAGCAUUCAUUACAUAAGGAUUUAUUACAGGACAGAUAAUGUUGUAUGGAAUGCAUCCAAUGACUACACAGAAAGAUUUCUUGGGUUUUAUGUCUACGUAUCGAACACAACAGAUAGACUAAAUGGUCAAUUAUGUUUCCAUGAUGCAGAUUAUAAUAAAUCUAUGAUACCUGCCGUUGUCAAUAUUACAUGCCCAGUACAUGGACAAUACGUCAUUUACUAUAAUGAGAGACUUUCUAAUGUCACUUAUUCGGUUGGAUAUUCCACUGACGCCCAUAGUGAACUCUGCGAGGUGGAAGUUUUCGGAUGUAAAUCUGGCUUUUAUGGACCGAAUUGUUCUCAACCCUGUCCGAAAGACUGUCGUUAUUGUGAAAUAGAGACAGGUGUUUGUACAUGGUGUAAACCAGGAUACCAGGGAUAUCAAUGUUAUAAUGAAUGCAGCGGUGGUAAAUAUGGACAAGAUUGUGGAGAAAAUUGUGGCGCUUGUCUAGGAUAUGAACAAUGUAACUAUGGCAGUGGGUCCUGUACAGAAGGGUGUGAUAUUGGUUAUGAAGGAACUCUUUGUAGAACAGAGUGUUCACUUGGACGAUUCGGAACAAACUGUGAGAGAUUCUGUAGUAAAAAUUUGGGAUAUCUAAUGUAUGCAACGGAACGACCGGAGAAUGUGAGAAAGGAUGUCAACCGGGCUGGAUUGGACUUCAAUGUACUAAAGAGUGUGAUGGAAGUAAAUAUGGACAGGAUUGUGGACAGAGUUGUGGAGCCUGCCUUAAUUAUAAAAAAUGUCAUUACAUCAAUGGUUCUUGUCCGGAAGGCUGUGCCGCGGGAUUCAAAGGAAAACUCUGUAAAACAAUGUAACAGAGGGACAGGGGAAUGUGAGGGGGGAUGUCAACCAGGCUGGGAGGGACCUCAGUGUGAAUCAGCUUGCACAGAAAAUAAAUACGGUACAAACUGCAGCUAUACCUGUGGGUUUUGUCAGGAUUCUUCUUGUCACCACGUGGAUGGUUCAUGCGCAGGGACGUGUGUGGAAGGAUAUCAAGGAGCCUUAUGCAAUGAGGUGUACAAAAAGGGCUUUUAUGGAGAUGAUUGCACGGAGGAAUGCAGUCCCUUUUGUAAGUCAUCACGUGACUGUCACCACGUGACAGGACAUUGUAAUGAAGGAUAUGAAUUGAACAUAUUUCAUUGA